GGGCUCGGGGCAGAGGAGCUUCGUAGCCUGGAGCUGGAGCAGAGCCGGCACCGAGACCUCCUCCUCCUGCCGGAGCUGCGGGAUUCCUACGAGAACCUGACUGCGAAAGUCCUGGCCACCUACGUCUGGCUGGAUCUGCACCUGGACUUCCAGUUUGCCCUGAAGGCUGAUGACGAUACCUUCGUGCGCUUGGAUGUGCUCGUGGAAGAACUGAGAGCCAAGGAGCCACGUCGCCUCUAUUGGGGCUUCUUUUCUGGCCGCGGUCGAGUGAAAUCUGGCGGCAAAUGGAAAGAGAGCGCCUGGGUGCUCUGUGACUACUACCUACCAUAUGCUCUGGGUGGUGGUUAUGUGAUUUCUGCAGAUCUGGUGCACUAUUUGCGUCUUAGCAGAGACUACCUGAACAUGUGGCAGAGCGAAGAUGUCUCCCUGGGGGUGUGGCUGGCUCCCAUCGAUGUGAAGAGAGUCCACGACCCUCGUUUUGACACUGAGUAUAAGUCACGGGGUUGCAACAAUAAGUACAUAGUAACUCAUAAGCAAAGCAUCGAGGACAUGCUGGAAAAGCACCAGACCCUGGCUAAAGAAGGGAAGCUCUGUAAGGAAGAGGUUAAGCUCAGGCUUUCCUACAUGUAUGAUUGGGGAGUGCCUCCUUCGCAGUGUUGCCAAAGGAAGGAUGGCAUCCCAUGAAAGCCUGAGGAAGGAAAAGGCAGAAUGUUGAUGGACUCUCUGAGCUUGGUUACUGUUACUUGGGGAGAAUCCCAGUAACGAGGGCUUGAAAAAUUACUCAAAAGAUUUUGCACGAUUCAUUAUGUCACGAUCAAUGAAACCCUGAAACUCCUAAGAGCUACUGAUGUGGCAUGAGGUAGAGGUGUUGAAAAAAGAAAUAGAUGACAAAAAGCAUGGAAAGGCUCGUAUGACAGGAUUGAAGGCAAAUAAUAGGUUGCAAAAUACAGGUAGUGCAGAAAAUUCGGGGGAGGUAACUUGGAUGAAAAGUUGCUGGAAGAUUUUUAACAGAUUCUAAGAUUUAUUUGCUAAAGAUCAUGAUGGGCCUUUAUGCUAUCUAUAAGAUUGUGAAACUAGCAUCUGCUGUUUAUGUCUUGGCAAGGAACAAGUGUCAGUUUGGCAAGGUUUGAAGAUUCUAAUGGGGCUGCAAAUCAGCUGCUAUUGCCGGUGGGAACAGGUGGCUGGUUACAGACACCAGCAGUCAAGUAAAGGGAGCAAUUUUACCCAGGAUAUUCACGUUAGGGGAGGGGAAGCGAGUCUGUUCUUUGGCAAGUGCUCUGAUUUACAAGAAUGGAAUUAUUAGACCUUCUGUGUAACUUGUCUCUAAGCUUUUUGUUGUUUUAAAGACAUCGUGUACAUAAAUUAUCUGGCAGCUAUGGAGUAAGUCUAUAUUUAAAAAGGUGGAUGAGUUAUGGUAUUUGGCAGAUACGGAAUAUAUUAUCUUAUUUUGGGGGCAAAUAGUUAUGCUACAAAGCUAGCCUUCGGUUGUUAGGCAUAGGUGUUGUCCUUAGCUUAUCCUCCAAACACACUGUGUACGAAGAACCAUUUACCCUCCCAACAGUAAGUAAUCUCACUGACUGCUACAAGGUCAGACAUUGUAGGAUUCAGAUUUAUAUUGUUCCGGAUUUCUUCUGUAAAAUGUAAAUUAGCAGGAUGAGAUCAGUGGACGCUAUUCGGAGUUCAAACAAGAUUGUCCUAACGUGGGUACCUCAGCUAAGAAAGUAAACUCUGUACGUAGUCAAGAGAAAUAGGUUGCCGCAGCCCCUCACCCCCUCAAAUUCCUGUUUGAGGAGAACCUUGACUCUCUUUUCAGGAGCUGCACUGCAAUCUAAGGGGACUAAUCCCCCAACAGUCACAUUUAGGUGCUUGAAGAUAGACUGCGUGGAUUUCCUCCUUCUCUCCAAUAGCACUUUGUAGUGGAACUAAAAAUAAUUUUACAGGAGGUCUUAAGUUAAUUGCUCAAGUGAUAUGUCAGUAAAUGGGAUUACGUCCCAUAGUCCUGUCUACGCUACGAAUCGUUCUAGUACUGACAGAGCUUGUCAGCAUCAGAUGCAGGAUUGAACAGUAAGUGCAGACAGGACAUUCUUGGCUGUAGAACUGAUCACUUACACAAUUUCACCAUCUUACUUAACUUCAAACCUUUAGGUAAGCCUGUAAUUCGAACAUUUUUUGAAUGGCAGGUGCUCUAACACACAGAAAUACCAGUACAGAGCCACUGCCUUCCAGUAACCUUUGUCAGCUACGGAUCUUUCAGUAUAAGCAGAGUUUUUACUUUUAUGCCUGAAGGGCAUUCUUAAUUAUCAGUUUUACUGUUUGUUGCACACUGCACUUUCAUACAAUUUCAUUUCCUCCUCUCCCCGGGCCAGUGUCUGUUCCCACCUGCAGGAAGAGACAAAUUGCAAAGUGAAAAAAAGGGUGCCAGUAUCUCUCGUAUUUUUGCUUCUUAAAUCAGCAAGUUGGCAACUCAUACCAAAGGAAUCAAGUAUGAUUUUUUGUUGUUGUUGUUCUUUUGUUUUGAUUAAAUUAUUGAGGAUUAAGAAAAGUCUUCUGCAGAGGCUGAUAGUCCUCUAUUUUGAAAAUUUGAACAAAUCUUUGACUUCUUUCUAAAACAAGGUUAAAUUAAGAUACUGAAAAAAAUAAGUUAUUUUAGCAUGUGUCCAUUCUAAUGCAUGCUUAUGUAUUGACAAAUAGGCAGGUAUGCUUUUCAGCAAGGUAUACUAUUCAAAACAAGACUUUAACAAGAUUACAGGAAAUUUAAAUUUGUUUUAGCAUUUUUAAAAAGUAUCUACUUGCCAUUUGGGUUCACUAGGAUUGUGUGUAUAUAUGUGAUUAAAUGCCUGUAGUGUGAGUAUUUAUUUAUAAUGAUUGAAGAUGUAUUAUGUAUAGGAAAAAAUAAGAUAGUUAAAUGUCAUUUUAAAUUUGUUUAAGGAGGUACUGUAAUGUCCAUGAGAACUACAUAUCAAGGAGUGCUUGACUUUAUUGGUGUACAAGCCAUUAUUUAACGUACUGAACUGCAGAUCAAAAGUCUGCCGCAUGUCUCUCAAGCUAGCAAGAAUGUACCUGUGCCGUUCAUCCAUUUCUGCCCAUACCUGUGUUCAUGGCAGUUGUUCACAUUGUUGCCUUUGACUCUCUCUGCCCACAGCCCCCAUCCCUCACCCUCCCAAAACAAUUGUUUUUCAUUGCUGGCAAAAUUAAUGGCAGGGAAAUGUUGGAUCUCCAUCUGAUAUUUGACCCCAUGGGAGACGUUUUGCCUACAAAUACUUAAUAGUUAAGAAAUUCUCUUGAAGAGUUCCUUACGCAAGUGUCAGGAGCACAGCGUGCAGCUCUCUGGACAGCAGCACAGCCCGCUGCCUGCCGAGGCGCGCUGCCUGCGCGCUUGCAAGACGAAGCUCAGAAACGAUGGCGACCGCUCACGCGUUCUUGUAUCCGCAUCUCGGUCCGACACCACUUCGUUAUACCCUUUUCUGUUUAAGGUUACCCGUGUUUUGCUCUGGUUGCAAACCAAAUUAACCUGGAAGGCUCGGCAGAUUCUUGUCCUUUGGUAAGUGGUUUUAGUUUUCUUAGUAGAUGCUCCCUUACUGCAAAUACAGCACUUAGAUUUUAAUCCCAGUUAACUGGGAAAUUCUACAAAAGUAAAAGAUGAAGUUUAAUUUAGACUUUUUUUGGUAUUUUAAAAGCAAAUGGGAUCAUUUGGGAGAGAGCAGGCAUCCCACACAUUGUUUGGAAAAACCCAGAAAAACAUUAACUAAUACAGGAUUAUUUCUUUAUCUUUUUACUGGAAAGAAUUAGCAUGUGGAAGACCUAUUGAUGUCAUUUUGAAUGAUCAGGAGACAUUUGUGUAUUACAUGACUGAGUCACAAAAGUUUUAAAACUUAAAGUUUCAGUCCAAAAUUAAUUGAGCCAUUUUUUCUGAAGCAAAACAUAAAACAUGUUUUGAACAACAUAUGAAUUCAGUAUUUUUAAAGUAGUCAUGAAAGGCUUUUAUCUUUCAUACCUUCUCAGGACAUGGUUCCAUAUUUCUUGACAUCAUCUCAGAAGUCUGGUAUAUGAUGGUUUUAUACUUGAAAACCAUGGUGGAAACUUUGUCUUUCUUGAAAAUCAGGGGGAAGAGUCUGACUUCAGUGGCUCAAGCAUCUGGGAGGAUGUUUAAGUGCUGGUGAGAAAUAAGUGGGGUUUGGUCCUUAGAGCAGCUAUAGUAGAGCGAAAAGUUUUGUUGUGGGCCUUAGUGAAAACAGAAUUAUCCAGGAACAGAUUUAUCUUCUUUUUUGUAGCCAUUCCUAGUGGCAAUAGGCUAGUGAUAUGCUGGGCUUUUGGGGGAUUUUAAAUAGUGUUUCUGCUGGUUUCCAAGUUUUCCCUUCAUAAAUACUUUGCUUUUUUAACAUUAUUGUUAGUAUGGGGAAAAAUUAUCUGUGUCGGAUCUACAAGCUCACAUUAGCCACCGUUCAGGACGGCCAUUGAGUUGAUCUGUAACACUACUGAGCCUUUUGUCAUUAUUUACAGGGGGUUGGGGUUUUCAUUUGUUUUCUGUUUUUAAAUCAGGCAUUUAGCAUUCUACCAGAACUAAUAGGUACAGUAGAGAAAUUAAUUGUUCUUGGCACAUCCAAGACUUGAUACUGAAAUAUUUAAAGCUGACAAUGGCAUAAACUCAACUAGAAAAUUGAUUUUAUUUUCCAGUGAUUUUUUUUUAAGUUACGUGCAACAUGACUUAAUUACUUCAGUGUGUAAAAAUAAGUAGCUAACACAUUAAAUACCAUACUAAAUAAAGUCACCAUUCCACUUAAAAAACCCUCAGGCUUCCAUGAAUUCCUGUAGUCAAUUCAAGAUUUAAAAAAACCCCAAACCUAACUUAGAAAUUACUAUUCCUGUAACUGAAUACUUUCUUUUCUGAAUGUCUAGCCUUGUUCGUGUGAUGUUUGCUCAAAUACAGCUUCUAUGUGUCACUACAUUUUUCUGUAGCUGAAAUGCCUCAUUUCUGAGCAUUUAAAUCUCUCUGUUAACGCUAAUGUUUUGGGGGCCCAGCUGCUAGCUUUGCAGGUUUGAUUCAAAGCCCAGCGGCAUGGGCAGGGGAUUAAGAGUUGCAGUUCUAUCGGUUUCUGUUCAGCUCCAGCAUCCGAGUUGAAACGCGGCUUUGGUAUCGCUGUACGCUUGACAAACUGUCAACACCUACACUACUAUAGAUUUUAUUUAGAACACACUGCCUGCAAGACUCGAAUCUGUUGCUACUUGUACCUGUGUAAGAUAUGCUUUUACCUUGGAGCUGGAACUACUUUAUGCCAACGUAAUACGCCAGUUAUUACUUUCCGAUACAGACUAUUUAGGUAAUGUCUAGUGAAACUUGGAAACGGAGCCGUCUGUUCCUUACAGCCUAUCUGAAGCUGAAGGAUGCUACGUAAGUGUGCCUUUAUGAAACAGAAUUAGCGUGGGGUACCGUGCUGAGUGUGUUUGAAACAAUUGGAUGAAAUUGCACAUUUUUUGCAGCCACGUAACUUUACCAUUUGGGGGUGGGGUGUGGCACACAGGUUAUUUGCUCAACAUUUACAUAGGAGAUAAACUGCUAGAAAGCUGAAGCUAUCUGAUGAUGAAAACGCUCAGUAAUUGCGUAAGCGUGUUGUAUGUGUAUUUAUGUCCUUUCAUGUAUGCCUUUAUUGGCCAAAGGAUCUGCGUGCUGUGAUUUUUAA